GAUGGGGAACUCCCAUGAUCCCUAAUUCAUGCUAGGUGGGGGGAUGAUGGGAAUUGGAGGCCACAUGUUACCCAUCCCUGGUCUCGCGCUCCCACCCCUCGUGGGCUCAUACCUUAAAUAUGACCAUAACAUCACGGGAGAAAGACCUGAAUGAAAUAGAAUGGGGGAUUAAGUAUCCAGAGAAAAGGCCAGCAAAAGAGCAUGCAGAAGCACAGGGAACGUUUGUCUUUGCACUUAAUCAAAUCAAACGCCUGCUAGAUUUUGCACGGCACUAGCAGUAACUAACCGUGUCUACUCAGAAAGAAGUCCUAUUGAACAAUUGGAUUUAUACUCCCAGGCAAGUGAGAUUAGGAUGACAGCCUACAGCUUCUCUGCGGGGAAAAUGCGAACCCUCCACUGCUAGCGGCUUAGGAAACCUCCAUAUAUAGGUCCAGCUGAGGUUAAAGGUACGGAAGGCUUGCUCCUUCAGAGUUUUCUGCAGCCUGGCUCCGUUUCAAGGCAGCGAGCAGAGUAUUAAUCAAGAACAAGAACAAGCGCAUGAAAAGCAAACAGGAAGGCAGGAACUCGCUGCUCGAUUCUCCCCCUCCGGGCCGCUCCGGGUGGGCGUGGCUGGAUGAUGUGGAAGGUUGGUUGCUGAGGUCGGCUUCGGAAAGGCAGCCGCGGCGCACCUUCCUUUUUCGGCAGGGUGGCUUCGCUCUCCUGGGCAAGCGAGAAGCCGUGGUCUAGAGCUCUGACAUCCGGCUGGAGAGGCGAAGCAAUUUACAGCAGGAGGAAAAGGAAAGGCUUCGCACGCACCACCGCGAAAGGAGAUGGCUUCUGCAAAUGACACGCGACAGGCACCCAAGGAUGCUGCUGACCAGAAUUUUGACUACAUGUUCAAGCUGCUGAUCAUUGGCAACAGCAGUGUAGGCAAGACAUCAUUCCUCUUCCGAUACGCUGAUGACUCCUUCACUUCAGCCUUUGUUAGUACUGUGGGCAUUGACUUCAAGGUCAAGACUGUCUACAGAAAUGAAAAGAGAGUCAAGCUGCAGAUUUGGGACACAGCUGGCCAAGAGCGAUAUCGGACUAUAACAACAGCCUAUUACAGGGGAGCAAUGGGUUUCUUACUCAUGUAUGAUAUUUCCAACCAGGAGUCUUUCAGCGCUGUACAAGACUGGGCAACUCAGAUCAAGACAUACUCAUGGGACAAUGCACAAGUGAUUCUGGUGGGGAACAAGUGUGACCUGGAGGAUGACCGAGUGGUACCCACUGAAGAUGGCAAGAGGCUGGCUGAUGAACUAGGUUUUGAAUUCUUUGAGGCCAGCGCAAAGGACAACAUCAAUGUCAAGCAAGUCUUUGAGCGCUUGGUGGACAUAAUCUGUGAGAAGAUGAAUGAGAGCCUGGAUACCAGCCCUGGCAUGGCCAACACCAAUCACAAGAACACUGCACUGAAUGAGACCCUACCUGCACAGUCCAGCAGUUGUUCUUGCUAGGAAGGACUUUGCUCACCCCUUGGACCGUCGCAACUCACUGUCUUACGUAAAUAGAAAAGGAAACUCAGCAGUUGCACACCUCUUCACUUCGCCUGGUUGGCUGAUCUGCUCUGUUUGCCUCUGGCUGUACCUGUUUUGCCUCUGACAGCAUGUGCCAGUUGCCCAAUGCCCCCCACCCCAGCCCCAUAGUAUGAUUGGCCUUUUCUAGCAGAAGAGCAUGAUUUCCUAUUGUGUGUGUGUGUUUCUCUCUCUCUCUCUCUCCCCCCCCCCCAGCAUACAACCUAUCUUUGCAACCCAGGUGAUUUGGACCCAGCUGUGGAUCAGUGGAGAACUUUUCCCUACUUCUUUUCAAGUCUCCAGUAAACCCCAACCAGUUGCAAUACCAACAAAUCCAUCGGUUUGCUGGACAGCUCAGUGAUUGGGAGCCCAGUUCUUUUUGCCAACUUCUGCAAACUUCUCCAUUAUUUAAACAAAUUAAUCCAAUGGCAGUUUGAUAUGGGUAUCUUCAUUCUGUAAGGUUUUAAGAACUGAGUGAGAAAUACAACUUAAAGGGCCGUAACAGUGGGCUGAUGGAGACGUCUGUUCCUUUCAGGGUUAUUUAUAGUGGGAUGGAUACUGCUUCAUCACAAAACACUGGUUUUGUCUCCACCUGUGGUUAUGCACAAGGAAUGGGAUGGGGGAGGGAGCAGAGAAAGAUAAUUUGGCUUCCAAACUGAGUGCCAUGGAGGAGACAUCCCAAACCUUUGCUGUUGUCCCAGGACUGGUUUGGUGGAAGGCAUUUCUGCCUCUUUUCUAAGGAAUGUCUCCAAAUAUAGAGGUGGUUUACUCUGAUACUUUGUUAGGGAUUGACUUGUGUGCCAGCCUGAAUGCCCCUUAGCUGAUUAAGCUUCAUUUCCUACAAAAAAAAAGUUUAAUGUGCAAACAGAUGGGUUCAUCCUGCAUUAGAGCUCACUUUCUGGGUUUGAACUCAGGGAUGAACUUUCAGGUCAGGCUGGCUAAGAUCCCUGGGGCUUCCAAGUCCUCUGGGGAUAUUUCAGUGAAUGGAUUUUUAGCACAGAAGAACAGACUGACACAUGACUUGUCAGGUUAGUAGGGAGACUCCUUAACUUUUCCAACUCCAUAAUAAUUGUUCCAGGCUGUUUUCAAGAGCUAGCUUAUGCUAACCUCUGUGAAGGACCUACUCCUUCCCCAGAGGUGUUAUUAUUCAUGGUAGCUCCAGGAAGAAGAAGCUGUAAGACCCUUGCAGACUUCACCUGAAUCUGCCACUCUUCAGACCUUCUUAACACGUGUUUAGGUGGUGGGGUUGCCUUUUCUAAGCUGGCGUCCCUGAGGGCCACGGGCACUGGGGGUGGGAAGUCAUCAUAUUAUUCAUCUGACCCAUGAGGUUCUAGGCAUCAUCGUUAUGGCUGGGACCCCAACCUCUGUGGAAGUGCUUCAGAGAUUGUGUGAGCACUAGGUUACCACUGCCCAUUUCUUUAUCAUUUAGGCUGGGAAUGGCUUAAUCUUUUUUGACCCAAGGGUUGCAUUGACAGUCAGCCACCCUUGCCUUGUACUCUGCAUAGAAGAGCCUGUGCAAAGUAAAAAGCAGCUUCUACCCACAGUACUCCAGUGUUGGGGGAAAUGGUGCCUUUGAAAGAACAGGGAGAGGGCUCAGCUCUGAGGUGCUUGGCACUUAAGAUUGGAGAGAAAAGAUCCAUCUGACUACUUUCUAGAGAUCUGGUACUCUGUUCUUUAGGGACUGCUCUCUACAGAAGACACAGAGAGGUUUAUCACCUAAUCAGAUCAGGAGGCAAAUCUGUGGGGGCUGGCAAACUACUUCUUGUGGCUCGACAGGCUAGAUCCAGCCUGCCACUCAGCCACCCCUGAGUUAGGAUCUGAGUGGCUCCCAAUACCUGGGCAAUGUAGUGUCCCUUUGAGUUACUGAAAUAUCUGAACAGCACUCUCUCAGACACGACUUGACUAGCCCACCGUUGACUUAGGCUGAUCAACAUUAGGCAAAUUGUAAAAAAAAAGCAUACCCGUCUUAAAACUUGUCCUAUGCUCUUCUUAAGACAGGGGCCAGCCAUGUUUGAUUCUUCCUUUAUAAUGAAACAGAGAUUCCAGUGGUGGUGAUGGCAUCAGCCUUGAUGAUCCGGAGAAAUUAAAAGAGACUGAACCAAACCACUUUCUUUUGAGCCCCUCCCUCCCCUACACAUGUAGAUUGAUUUAACAUGGCAGAACCCUUUGCUUCCCAGGAAUCAUAGACUACACUCCACUUAGGUCUAUGAUUCCUGGGAAGCAGGGAUUCUGUUGUGUUAUGAAUCAGCUUACAUCCCAGGAGCUUCCUGUAUAGGAAGGGCAGAGGACUCAUGCCCUACAUGCAUCCAGGCAACUUAUGGUCAGUGGUGGUUGGUGCCCCAUUGGGACUGGUAGGGUGGAAGGCAGAGAGACCAACAGUAGGUGGAGCCAGAGGCAAUGAUAGGCAGAGUUGACUCUUUCUACUUUUGGCUCUAUCCUCUUCCCUAAAGGCAACAUUGAGACUAAGGAGGAAAAAGCUGAGAGCCAGAGCCACCCUCUGGACUGGUUGUAAGUAAGAAGGCAGGCAGGGGGAGGCUGGCUAAGGGCAGACUGAGGUUAUGGAGAAAUGUCCCACUUACCCAAAACAAUCAGCAGCCUCCACUGCUAAAGGCCCUUGGUGUGGUGAUGGUCUCACAAACUGUAGGCUGCCUAUUUCUGGAUGGAAAAGGUAUUUCUGGAAGCCACAUUUCUAAAACAACACAGAUCAAACGGCUGUAAAAUGAUGUUUUAAAUGAGGACAGCUAUGUAGAAAAAGACUAUGGCUGUUAUUUGUGUUUCAGGGAAGAUUCUUACUCAAGGAAUGUAAACUCUUACACUGUAUUUAAUGUAUUCCUUUAUGUUUAAGAUUUUAGAGUUUAUAUGUGGAUUAUUUUGGACCACUGAGGGGCUGUCUUUGAAAGAACGGGGAGAGUGUGUCUUGUGGGAAUGUAAGAUUCUUUGGAUGUCAUUUUGUGGGACAGAAAGAUUCUGCAAUAAGAUACAUUUCCUAAUAAGGGUGCAUUCCUUAGAAAGAAUAUGAGAAUUUGAAGUGUCCAAAUGUUUUUGAGGAAGCCUAGGUUCCUUCUGCACUAGUGCCCUUUAGUGCUGCUGAGGCAUGGCUUUUCUCCAAUUAACUGGCAGAAGAAUUAAAAUUGAGCUUCCGUAUGGCACUUAAUGGAGCACAAUAUUAUCCAGCAGUGCCCAUCGCUGUGGCUAGGAUCCUUCUGUGUUUACUAACUUUUAAAUUUCAUUCAGGAAAAGUCCUCUGCAACUUCAAUGAGAAGUUUUCUCCUUGCAGUGUUUGUACGUUUAUUGGUCCCUCUUUAGUGCGAUAGCAUUACAAUUAAAUAACCUCUUAUUUA